CUCUUGAGAUUUGAGAUGCGCUGAGCUGAGUUGGAGAUGCUCAUGCUCAUCUCAUCGUCGCCGCGUUGAGUUCGACCGCGCACGAAUUCCGCCCCUCCCACCCUCCCCCUCCCUGCGAUCUCCGCCGCCCUGUAUAUAUCCGGCGGCGCAUCACGCAGUGCCCUCCUGCUUCUGCUCUUCCUGCUCGCCGCCGCACGGCUUGACCCGGCGAUCGACCGGAUUUCAUUCCGCCGCCGAUCCGAGGGGCGUUGCGGUGAUCUUGGCCUCCAUCUCAGAGGCCAGGAGCUGCCGCGGAGUGAUCACCACUCCUGCUAAGCUGCCCUCAUUAUGAUCUCAUUGGACAAUGAGUAGCAAUUGUCCUUUGCUAUUUUAUAUCUCCUGUGGUUACGUUCAUACACGACAACAUGGGAAAGCUUGCAGCUGUUGGUCGCAGUAUACUUAGAUUUACAAAUGAAAGCAUGAGGAUUGUUAUGGUAACAAUUAUUGGGGUUCUCUUUGGCUUCUUCAUUGGUAUUUCAUUCCCAUCAGUCAGCAUAACAAAGCUUCACUUCCCUUCUAGCUUUGUAUCAUACAUAGAAGACAGGAACUCUGGGCUCACAACACAAGCUUUGCUUAAUCAUGCCUGGACUUCUGCCCGAAAUGCAAGGGAAAACAGUUCUGAACCAAGUUCUAGCACUACUUUUAAGAUUUAUGUCCCAACAAACCCCAAGGGUGCAGAGAGGCUAGCACCAGGAAUUGUUGUACCAGAAUCUGACUUCCAUUUGCGCAGGUUAUGGGGAGAGCCAAGUGAGGACCUGCCCUUCAAACCAAAGUACCUUGUCACUUUCACUGUUGGAUAUGCACAGAAAGAAAAUAUCAACAAAGCAGUGAAGAAGUUCUCUGACAAUUUUGCUAUUCUGUUAUUCCAUUACGAUGACCGGGUGAGUGAGUGGGAUGAGUUUGAGUGGUCGAAACGAGCCAUCCAUAUAAGUGCAAGAAAACAAACUAAGUGGUGGUAUGCCAAAAGAUUCCUGCACCCAGAUAUUGUGGCAGCUUAUGAGUACAUAUUUAUCUGGGAUGAGGACCUUGGGGUGGAGCAUUUCAAUGCAGAGGAAUACAUCAAACUUGUCAAGAAAUACCGUCUGGAUAUCUCUCAACCUGGUUUAGAGCCUGAUAGAGGAUUGACGUGGCAGAUGACCAAAAGAAGAGGUGAUCGUGAGGUCCACAAGGUUACAGAGGAGAGGCCAGGCUGGUGUUCUGACCCUCAUCUUCCACCUUGUGCUGCCUUUGUUGAAAUAAUGGCUCCAGUCUUCUCUAGAGAUGCAUGGAGAUGUGUCUGGCAUAUGAUACAGAAUGACUUGGUUCAUGGAUGGGGUCUUGAUUUCGCUCUCAGGAAAUGCGUGGAGCCUGCCCACGAAAAGAUUGGGGUUGUUGAUUCGCAGUGGAUUGUUCACCAAGUGGUUCCUUCACUCGGGAACCAGGGCAAAUCAGAGAAUGGAAGACCAGCAUGGGAAGGGGUGAGGGCGCGGUGCAGGAAGGAAUGGGGCAUGUUUCAGACAAGAAUGGCGGAGGCUGAGAAGGCAUACUACAAGAUGAUGGGCAUCACACCUCCAAACUCCACAUUGGUCUAGCUAGAGCUAGGCUGAAGACUACUGCUGAUUCUUCUUCUUCUUCUUCACUCCCAUCGAUCUCUUCUGCCUCUGUGAAUGAUUCUAAUGUUCCUACCUGCUGUACAGAUAAUCUAGAGAUGGUUAUGCUGGGUGUGUCUAGGCUGUUAGAUUAGUGUGGAUUGGGAUGGUGAUGAUCGUAUCAUACCAUAUAUGUAGAGCAUACAACACACGAGGGAGGCCAUCAUGAGGAGGAUGUCAUUACAUACCAUCUAUAAAUCGAUUAUUUUGUUUUUU